AUGGGACAGACACCUCUGAGAUGUGCUUGUAAAGGAGGAAAUGAGAAGAUAGUGCAGCUACUUAUAGACAAAGGAUGUGAAGUUAACCAGAAUGUUGAUAAUGGAGAAACACCUUUGACAGCUGCUUGUAGGGAAAGAAACGAGAAGAUAGUACAGCUUCUUAUAGCCGAAGGAUGUGAUGUUAAUCAGGAAGCUGAGUUUGGAGAAAUAACUAAAACAGCUUUUUGGAGAGGCAAUGAAAAGAUUUUACAGUUUUUACAGAUUAAUAACGACAAAGGGUCGGAUUUAAGACAGGGUGUUGGUAUUGGAGAGACACCUCUGACGGCUGCUUGUAGAGGAGGAAACGAGAAGAUGUUAAAGAUACUUAUAGACAAAGGAGGCAAUGUUAACCCGGUUUAA